AUGUCAGCUGCACCCUCUCCUAGCGAGUCCCAGGCAGCUACACCCUCUCCUAGCCAGGCCCAGGCAUCUACACCCUCUCCUAGCCAGGCCCAGGCAUCUACACCCUCUCCUAGCCAGGCCCAGGCAACUACACCCUCUCCUAGCCAGGCCCAGGCAUCUACACCCUCUCCUAGCCAGGCCCAGGCAUCUACACCCUCUCCUAGCCAGGCCCAGGCAUCUACACCCUCUCCUAGCCAGGCCCAGGCAUCUACACCCUCUCCUAGCCAGGCCCAGGCAUCUACACCCUCUCCUAGCCAGGCCCAGGCAUCUACACCCUCUUCUAGCCAGGCCCAGGCAUCUACACCCUCUCCUAGCCAGGCCCAGGAAGCUACAUCCUUUCCUAGCGAGGGCCAGGCAUCUACACCCUCUCCUAGCCAGGGCCAGGCAUCUACACCAUCUCCUAACCAGGGCCAGGCAUCUACACCCUCUCCUAGCGAGGGCCAGGCAUCUACACCCUCUCCUAGCGAGGGCCAGGCCCAGGCAUCUACACCCUCUCCUAGCCAGGCCCAGGCAGCUACCUCUCCUCUCUUGAAUGCCUGCCACGUCAGCUACGCCCUCUCCUAG